AUGCCCGUGAAAAGAGUAAAGAGCGUGUCGGUAACGCGGCCCAUCAUGUACGGCAAUGUGGCCGUUCCACUGGAGGCUGUUGACCGCAAAAAGGAUACUCCCGAGGACCACACGCAUAAAUGGACGGUAUUUGUCCGGGACCCGGCCGGGAAGGACGACCUGGGCUAUUUCAUCAAGAAGGUGUCGUUCAAGCUCCACGACACCUACGCCAAUUCGCUGCGGACGAUUGAAAAGCCGCCGUUCGAGGUCACUGAGACCGGCUGGGGCGAGUUUGAAAUCACUAUCCGCAUUGUCUUUGCCCAGGCGGCCGCGGAAAAGACUAUUGUACUCUACCACCACCUCAAGCUACAUCCGUUUGGGCCCGGCGUUGUUCCGGGCGAGACGCCCAAACCACAGCCAGUCGAGUCAAUUCUGUACGACGAGCUGGUGUUUUGUGAGCCCACGGAGGCCAUGUUCCAGAUCCUUACUUCCAGACCGGGUGCCGUCAUCCCCACCAAGCCAGAUCCGCCUCUGAAGCCGUUUUCUUACCAGACGGAAACAGAGGAGAUCGACCGGCUAGACGCUGCGAACGAGCAGGUUCUGGAGCAGCUCAAAAAGCUAAAAGAGCAAAUCCAGGAGCUGGAAAAGGAAAAAGCUCAGCUCCAAGCCUAG